UUUCCAUGUGAUGGUACAUGUGACUCAGUGACUGUUUAUUUACGGUAUCGUCCGCCCUCUGGUGGUCAGCACUGUGAACUACACACGUUUACUAUUUAUCCCAGUGGAUAACUGUGAGGAUAAUUCCAAGACCGCGAUGAGAAAAUCGAGGCAGCAUAUAAGCCAGUAUUUUAUUUAUUAAUUUAUUUAUUUGAGGAUCUAUUUCUAAAAAUAUUCCUAUCUUCCUAUGCUUUUUUUUUUCCUUCUCUAAUUAAUAUAUGUUCGGCUCACGCAGAAAAGAAAACCCCUCUAGCCUAUAGCCUGUCCCCCAGCACGCAUGCUCUACAGUGAGUGAACUCGUUUCAUCAUCGUGGACGUCUGUUUUUAGAUGUUUUUGCUCCCUCUCUCUCUCUCUGUCUCUUUAAUUUUAAUUUUUUUUUUUUUUUACAGAGGGAGCAUUAAGGCCAUUUAAAUAUACAACCAUCACAAAAUGGAGAGAGUGAAACGGGACUGAUGGAUGGGUGAAUUAGUUCAUGAUUAUAUGUAACAGGCUGCAUUUUUUAUGUGUGUCAUGGCAGCUCCAGGUGAAGGCCAUCACCGUGUCCGCGCUUCACUUCUUCUGAUGCUCGACUGUCCGUGUGUAGCAUUAACCCCUUAGAUGGAAUGAUUUUCUGCACCUUGGCUCAUUCGCAAACAUGGCAGACGCGGAACUGCAGACUUUCACGUCUAUAAUGGACGCGCUCGUGCGCAUCAGCUCCAAUAUGAAGAGUAUGGAGCGGGAGCUCCGCUGUCCGGUGUGUGAGGAGAUGGUGAAGCAGCCGAUUGUGUUGCCGUGCAUGCACAGUGUGUGUGUGUUGUGUGCGGCGGAGGUGUUGGUGCAGAGAGGUUACCCUCCUCCCGAACUCCCGCCAGAGCGCAACACACCCACGUCAAGCCCCAGCACCCGCUCACCACGACAUGCUCGCCGACCACCCCCAAAAACUGACCGUUUCGAGCGUGUGCUCAAAACAGUAUGUGGCACCUAUCCAGGUCGGAGACGGAAAGACACGAUUCCUCUGAACAUGUUGUUUCCAUGUCCCACUUGUUGUCGGGACGUGGAGCUGGGAGAAAGAGGCCUUGCCGACUGCCUACGCAAUCUCACACUGGAGCGUAUUAUUGAGAGGUACAGACAGACAGUGAGUCUAGGCAGCAUGGCAGUCAUGUGUCAGUUCUGCAAGCCCCCUCAAGCACUGGAGGCCACUAAAGGCUGCGCUGACUGCCGGGCCAAUUUCUGUAACGAGUGUUUUAAGUUGUACCACCCCUGGGGUACCCCACGUGCCCAACACGAGCACGUUCUACCCACACACAGUUUCAGACCCAAGGUGCUGGUGUGUGUUGAGCACGAGCAGGAGCGGAUGCAGUUUUACUGCUGCUCGUGUCAGCGUCUGUUGUGUGCGCUCUGUAAGCUGCGUCGUGUUCACAAUGGGCACAAGGUCAUGCCCGUAGCACAUGCCUACCAGACUUUGAAGGAUAAAAUUACUAAACAGAUGAGCUAUGUUCUGGCCCAUCAAGAGAGGGUGCAAGCCCAAAUCACUCAAGUGGAGAGUGCCAUCGCUCAGACAGAGAUGAACAGUGCUGUUGCUAAAGAACAGCUGAAUCAGUGUGUGAACAACAUGCGUGAAGAGCUGGCUGAACGGCAGUGUGCUCUGAUCAAAACUCUGGAGGAGACUCGUGUUCAAAAAUCGGAAGCUCUAAACACGCAACUUUCAGAGAAACAGAGUCUGCUCGACAAUGCGGGGCUCGUCGUGUACACACAGGAGCUACUGAAAGAAAACGAUCAGCCGUGCUUCGUGCAGGCCGCCAGAGUCACCCACAACCGGUUCAUUACAGCCAUAGAGAACCUGCAGCGCUUCUCCAUCUCUGCAGAUCCCUCAUUCCUCCGUUUCCAUGUGGACAUCUCCAGAGAGCUCAAGCUAAUCAGCAGCAUGAAUUUCAUACAAGCUCCACUUGCUCCUGUAAUCGACACCCAAAAGACUCUGGCCUAUGAUCAUCUGUACCUCUGCUGGCGCCUCCCACAGGACUCUGCUCCCGCCUGGCACUACUCCGUGGAGUAUCAGAGGAAAGAUGGAAGAGAUGGACCUAAGUGGGGCGGAGUCAAAUCCGAAGGCUCUGGAGGCCCCAACAGUCCGUGGCAGCGCAUAGACGAGGUGGGCGGGACUAGUGCAGUGAUUGACAGACUGGAGAUGGACAGCGUGUAUGUGCUGAGAGUGAGAGGAUGCAACAAGGCAGGUUUUGGGGAGUACAGUGAGGAAGUGUAUCUACACACACCGCCUGCACAAGUGCUGUCAUUUUGUCUGGACUCUCGCUGGGGGCUCCAUGCUGAGCGUGUGGCACUGGGUAAGGGGCAGACGUAUGCCCGUAGCGUGCCUGGUCUCAAUUUGCUGCAGGCUGCCGACCGCGCCCUCACUUCCUUUCAUCUGACCUCUGACCUGCUGGUGGCAGACGUGUCAAUCACACAGGGUCGUCACUAUUGGGCAUGUUCAGUGGAGCCUGGUUCUUACUUAGUCAAGGUUGGUGUUGGUCUAGAGACAAAGCUUCAAGAAUGGUUUCAUUUACCACAGGAUAUGGCAAGUCCCCGAUAUGAUCCUGACAGUGGGCAUGACAGUGGAGCAGAGGAUGCCCAGGACUGUCCACCUCCAUUCUGCUUCCUCACUAUGGGCAUGGGUAAGAUUCUCAUGCCCAAAUCCGGAGCAUCUAAUGGCAUGUCUGGCCCUCUCACUGCCCCUUUGCCCCCGCGCCUCGGUGUGUGUCUGGACUUUGAUAAAGGAUGCGUUACUUUCUACGAUGCCCACUCACUGCGAGUGCUGUGGGACGGGACUGUCGAUUGCUCUGCCCCUGUUUGCCCGGCCUUUUGCUUCAUUGGUGGCGGUGCACUGCAGCUGCAGGAGCUGAUAGCCAAUCGCAGCACGGAGCAAGCCCCGCCCAGGAGAGUCACCAUUCAAUCACAUGCAACAACUCUGAGUAACUGAAGCCAUAAACAGUUCUACAGCAAACUCUUAACUGUCAAGCACCUUUAAAUUAAGAUCACCGCAUAACUGUCGACAGCUCUGCCCCAGUUUGUGCUGCGUUUCACUUCAUUGGUAGAGGGCCAAUCACAGCAGGCCCAAACCAGAAGGGUCACCAUCCAAUCCAAUGUCUAUAAUUGAAGCCAUUAAUGUUUGUAGUAUGUGUGCGUUUUAGAUGUAACAUUAAUGUCAGAAUCAUGUUGGUAUAUGGCAAUUUCUCAAAAUGAUGUCACUCAAAUUAUUGUAUUUUUAAGCAUUCUUGGCCUAAAUGUUUAAGUUUCACAACAAAGCUCGUUACUGUGAUCUAUCAGCAGACAUAACAAUAUGAAAACAAACAAUUUUAAUGGAACAUAUCACAAUAUUACAGGUGUUAGUAUAUCACAAUGUCAUGUCUCAGUAAAUAUGCAGUAUACAUAGUAGAAUACAAUAUCUAAUGGAUAAAUAUGUAUGUUUAUUACUGACACUGAUUUUAGCAAAGCAUGUUAAAAUAACUUCCAGAAAAUGCAAAGGUAUUUUUUAAAACAGAACAGAAAUCCAUGUCUAUGGUUAAAUAUCCAAAAUCGGUAUCAGAUCCAUAUUUCUGCUUAUGGAAAUACCCUAAAAUGAAUAACUAAAAUGUAAUGCUGGUGUUUACUCAGGCCUUUAAAGUCACAACCAAAUGUGAAACUACUGGAAAAUGUGUGGGGGUUUUUUUUGUUGUUUUUGUUUUGUUUUGUUAUUAUUAUACUACAGAAUUUUUUAUUCUGAUCUGAUCAGAUUUUUUUUCAGCAGCUCUGUCCCAGCUGCAGUGUUUAUAUUGCAUUCUCAUACGUUAUCGUUUCUAUAGUAACUGCUCAUUUGCAGGAACGUGUAUGGCAGACGAUUGAAAAGUAUGUAAUUAUUGUUAUACUGAAGUUUUCUGUGAGAUUUAGCAUUUUUGUAAGGAGUCUCUAGUGUCAGCACUUUGUAACAGAGGUAAAGCUGUAGCUUUUUUUUCCUUCCUGAUAUAGGAAAAUCUUUAGGACAGAAGGCUCUGUGACAUGACAAGCUGCAUUUUUUUUUCCCUCUUAUGAACUUCACCCGAGAGGAAAUAAAAUGGAAGAGGCUCUGGUGAGGGAAUGACUGUUUAUAGCUGCUAUAACAACUUUGCAGGCAUUAAACAACAUUAAAUGUAACUAUAAAUGAAUAAAAUGUAUGAUGUGGUGUUCUUUAAUUGAUCCAAUAUUUGCAAUUGUUGACAUUGUUUCGGUAGAAGAGGAAUAAAACAUGUCAGUCAGGACAUGUUAUGGGAAAAUAAUCAACUUCAGGGUGGUAUCAUAUCACACCAUCCUGUCUGUUUUUAUGUUGUAGCUAACAUGUACUGUCCAUAGACAAACAGUACUGUAUAAAUGUCCUGGACAUCCAUUCAUUCUUUCUUUUUUAAAUUUUUUUUUAAUUUAAUUUAAUUAAUUAUUUUUAUUUUAUGGCCCUUGCAUUAGUGUGUCAGUGGAAAAGAGCAAAAUGAUGCUUCAGAGAAUCAUUUGUAUGGUAAAGAAGUUCAAGUUUAAGUUCAAGUGGUUUUAUUGUCAUUUCAGCCAUAUAUAGCUGGUACAGUACACAGUGAAACUAAACAGCGUUCCUCCAGGACCACGGUGCUACAUAAAACAACACACUAACCACAUGAAACACAGAACUAAAUAAGAUCUACACAUUCUACAUAAAGUGCACGUGCAGACAUGUGUUAACAACACAGGACAGUACAAUACUACUAAAACAGGACAAUAGGCACAGGAAGUGACAGUGUAGCGCUGAACAGUACACGGUUUUAGCGUGGAAGUGUCUGAUUUAACAGGUAGUGCAGAAGAUAGGAUAACAAUAUAAUUUAAAAAUGGUAUAAAUGUGAACAUAACAUGCUAUGACUGAGUCCUCAGCAGAUUAGCUUAUACCAAAUAUGGACAUAGCAGUUAUUGUGGAAGCAGCUAGGUAAAGUGUUUAAUAGUGACAAUAAAUUAAAUACUAUAUUUUUAUAAUACAGUAGCAGCAAAAAUGCAAAUAUUACAAUUGGAGUGGGGUGGUGUUCAGUUCAGUGUGUGUGUGUGUGUGUCAGUCCAGUCUCUGAGUAUUGAGGAGUCUGAUGGCUUGGGGGAAGAAGCUGUUACACAGCCUGGCCGUGAGGGCUCGAAUGCUUCACUACCUUUUUCUAGAUGGCAGGAGAGUGAAGUGUGUGUGAGGGGUGUGUGGGGUUGUCCAAUGCUGGCGGCUUUGCGGAUGCAGUGUGUGGUGUGGUCUGUGAUGGAGAGGAGAGAGACCCCAGUGAUCUUCUCAGCUGUCCUCACUCUCCGUUACAGGGUCUUUACGAUCCAAUGAGGUGCAAUUUCCGAACCAGACAGUGAUGCAGCUACUCAGGAUGCUCUGAAUAGCUCCUCUGUAGAAUAUUGUGAGGAUGGGAGGUGGGAAAUGGGCUUUCUUCAGCCUUCGCAGAAAGUAGAGAUGCUGCUAGGCUUUCUUGGUUAUGGAGCUGGUGUUUAGGGACCAGGUGACGUUCUCUGUCAGGUGAAAACCAAGGAAUUAAUGCUCUUGAUGAUCUCCACAGAGGAGCCAUUGAUGUUUAGUGAAGAGUGGUCACUCUGUGCUCUCCUGAAGUCAACAAUCAUCUCUUUUGUUUUGUCCACAUUCAGAGAUAGGUUGUUGGCUCUGCACCAAUCCAUUAGCCACUGCACCUCCUCUCUGUAUGCUGACUCGUCAUUCUUGCUGAUAAGACCCACCACGGUCGUGUCAUCAGCGAACUUGAUGAUGUGAUUGGAGCCGUGCCUUGCUGCACAGUCGUGAGUCAGCAGAGUGAACGGCAGUGGACUGAGCACAUAGCCCUGAGGGGCUCCUGUGCUCAGUGUGGUGGUGGUGUUGUGGUGGAAAGGAGGAUAUUCAGUAAUACAUCAUGUUUCAUAAAAAAAACAUCAUUGAUGCUGUCUGGAAACAGAAGAAACAGAAGCAAGUAAGAGCCAAAGUCUGCAUAAGAGCUGUAUCAGGUUCUUCAAGACACUUGGAACAACUACAUAAAACUGCAUGACAUUGUACCUAAUGAUGUAGUUACACCACCUCCAUCAUGCUUGACCAAUGAGCUUCUAUAUUAUGGUUCAUGAGCAGAUCCAUUCUUUCUCCACACUUUGGUAAUGGUCAAUCUUGGUUCCAGAACUUUUGUUGCUUAUCUCUCAUCUCUUUAUUCUUUGCUAAAGCCAAUCUAGCUUUCCUGUACUUGCUCAUGAUUGG